UUUGACAAGUGGACAGAUGGUCAGAGGAGGAGGAUCCUGGUGGACCUGUUGGAACGCUGCUCCCUGUCACAGCAGAAAUUCUGUGCCAAGCAGCUCCAGGAGCGAGUCCCCACCGAGGCUCUAGAUUUUACCACAAGGCUUCCUCGAGUCCUGUCUUUAUACAUCUUCUCCUUCCUGGACCCACGGAGCCUCUGUCGAUGUGCACAGGUGAGCUGGUACUGGAAGUACCUGUCUGAACUGGAUCAGCUCUGGAUGCUGAAAUGCCUCCGUUUUGGCUGGUACAUCAACUUCUCUCCAACCCCAUUUGAGCAAGGAAUCUGGAAGAAGCAUUACAUUGAGAUGGUGAAAGAGCUGCACAUCACAAGACCGAAGACUCCUUCCAAGGGCAAGUUUGUAGUUAUUGAUGUUCAACCCAUAAGAAGCCACGUCCCAGAGACAAAACUUUCUGUGCCAGGAAGGAAGACAACCAAGGAAAGAAAAGAGCUCCCACCGUGGCGUUCAUCCGACAGACACCCUACAGACACCAUCCGGUACAACUACCUCGACAACUCCGACCCCAUCGAGCAGGCGAGACAGGCGAGAAGGAAAGGAGGAGGGGAGACCCCAGACCUGAGCCAGCAGGCAGCUGAGAGGAAAAAGAGAGCAGGUCGUGGAUGUAAUAAGCUCCAGAAGGCAAAAUCACUGCUAUUGCUUUCUGCAGAUCUGCAGUUUCUUCCAAAACCAUCAGUUCGUCCCAGCUGGGCCACUCACCAGUCACCUGGGAACAUGACCCCCAAAGCAGCAGCAAAGGCUCUGGCCCAGAGCUCCCAGUGGAACGCUGGGAUCCGACCUACACCUGUUCGUGCUCCAGUGCCAAAGCCAGGUAAGAGAUGAAAUAAAGAUGUCACAAGGAUGCACACCAGAUCCACCUCAUCUCCACUCUUUGAGGCUCAGCCCUGGCACAUUCCUUCAUCUAACCAAGGAUCUGACACAGAGUAA